UUCAGAUGAUGAGAAUGAAGUCAAAAAACAAUUCUUAGAAGCGGAUAAAAUCAUUAAAACAAGUAAGAUUAUAAGUGAGGAGGAAUAUAUAACUCAAUUCCAAAUUUUGGAACUUUCUUAA